AUGGGAAGAGCCAAGUACCAUUAUGUUUACUCCUGCAACAUCUUUUGUUCUUUACUCUUGGCAGCGGUAAAACUUCUUCAAGCAGCUGACAGCUUUAAAGACCAGACCUUCUUUCUCAGCCAGGUUUCCCAAGAUGCCCUGAGGAGAACCCUCUUCCCUCUGGCGGGGCUAACGAAAGAUUUUGUCAAGAAAAUAGCUGCUGAGAAUAGACUCCAUCACGUGCUUCAGAAGAAAGAGAGCAUGGGCAUCUGUUUCGUUGGUAAAAGAAAUUUUGAAAAUUUCAUCCUUCAGUAUUUACAGCCUCGACCUGGUAAAUUUAUUUCUAUAGAAGACAAUAAAGUUCUGGGAACACACAAAGGUUGGUUCCUGUAUACUUUGGGCCAGAGAGCCAAGAUAGGCGGCUUACGGGAGCCCUGGUAUGUGGUGGAGAAGGACGGCACCAAGGGCGACGUGUUUGUGGCCCCCCGGACAGACCACCCGGCUCUGUACAGGGACCUGCUGCGGACCAGCCGCGUGCACUGGAUCGCGGAGGAGCCGCCCGCCGCCCUGGUCCGGGACAAAAUGAUGGAGUGCCACUUCCGGUUCCGCCACCAGAUGGCGCUAGUGCCCUGUGUGCUGACCCUCAAUCAAGACGGCACCGUGUGGGUGACGGCUGUGAAGGCUGUGCGGGCCCUGGCCCCGGGACAGUUUGCCGUUUUCUACAAAGGGGAUGAGUGUCUGGGCAGCGGGAAAAUCCUGCGCUUGGGGCCAUCUGCCUACAUACUCCAGAAGGGCAAGAGCAAGUCCAGAGUGGCCACCGAGGGCCCCGGCGACGGCCCCGGCAAUGGCCCACGGCUGGGCCCCGCGCUCUGAAGGAGGCCGAGCUGCCGCCGAGCGCCCAGGAGCAGACACGGAGGAGCAGAGCCUGGGGUGGAGCAGUCGGGGGGAGCUUGGCUGAGUCUGCCGCCCCAGUUCUAUCCAGGUGGCCAGGGUUCCAGCAAGCCUCCCGAGCCUGGGAGAGCCCCAGAAAGGCCUGCCCUGUCUUCUCCAAGUUGGUGCUUUGGCCAGAAGGACUUGCUGCCGAGUGGGUGGGUCCCAAGGGCCCCAGGGAAGGCCUCCCACCCGCAAGCACACAGGCGGACUGCGGAGGAGGCUGCAGGGCCCGCAUCCAAUAAAACGAGUGUCUGGGACACAGA